AAACACAAUAGAUACAGGCUACUCUAAAGGUUAACCAUGGGAGAUAGUGACACAGCACCACUACUUUAUGAACAACAUAAGCAACAAACCUUUUCCUCUUCUACAAACACACCGGAAGGUGACACCUCAAUACAGUACGGCUCGUUAUCUGACACACAAGGAAUAUCUUCUGACGGAACAACAGACAUCACUGUGCCAAAUGAACAGGGUAUUUCAAAUGAAAAGGAAAGACUCUACAAGAGCAGAUGGUACAUUGUCGUGUUGUUUGCACUGCUUGCUGCUGUUCAGAUGUCAGUCUGGAACACUUGGGGCCCUAUCUCCCACACUGCUGAAGCAGUGUUUGGUUGGAAUGAUGCCGACAUAUCAUUACUUGCAAACUGGGGCCCCAUCACUUUCAUGCUCGGGAUGCCUGUUUUCGCCUGGAUGAUGGACGCAAAAGGUCUGCGAGUGUGUAUGGUCAUCACUGUGCUGUGUUUGGGAUUAGGUUGUGGGAUCAGAUUAAUCCCUACUCAACAGCCGUCCAUGCUGCAUCGAUGGUUGAUCAACUUUGGGCAGAUUCUUAACGGUAUCGGGGGGCCUGUCUGUACGAGUGCAAUGGCCCCGCUAUCUUCACAGUGGUUCCCUCCAAACGAAAGGACAACAGCGACAGCCAUUCCGUUGAUAAUCAAAUUCCUGGCUCUUGCUGGAUCUUAUAUCAUUGGUCCAAUUUUGGUACCAGAUGUAUCUAAUCUGAAUCAAAAUCAUUCAGACAUCAAUAGCACCAUGUUUAGCUUUGAAGAUUAUGCUUUCAUUGGUGAAAGUGCAAAUCACAGCAAUAUUUCAGGGAAUACCGCGGAGGAGCUGAAAAAAGAUAUUUACUUCUACCUCGAACUUCAGGCUGGAGCGGCAGGUGUACUCCUGGUCCUCAUACUGCUGUACUUCCCCAGCAAGCCCCCGACGCCGCCAUGUCGCUCAGCUGCCCUGAAGAGGGAGGACUUCUUACCUGGACUGAAGCUACUCGCUGUAAAUGGCAACUUCUGGAUCUUGGCCCUGGUAUCCUUUCUAGUUGGCGGGUUUAGCAGCGCGUGGAUGUCAGUGCUCAGCCUCAAUCUGAAAACAGUGGAUGUGAGUCAGAAGGAGGCUGGCUGGAUCGGCUUCUACAGCUUCCUGCUCGUGGGUACGGGGAUGCUGAUCCUAGCAAGAUUGUCCGACUACUUUGCGCGUGGUAUGAAGUGGUACAUCUCUGGUUUGUACUUGAUCUCAUCCUCGAUGUAUUUAUGGUUCGCCCUCAUGUGCAUCAAGGUGGCGCCGUUUUCUAUGGUCAGCCUGUACCUGUCCCUCCUGAUCGCCCAGACGCCGCCCACAGCCUGUGCCCCCCUGUUCUAUGAGCUGGCGUGUGAGGUGGCGUACCCCGUGGGGGAGGGGACGGCAAGCAUCGUACUGACAUUCACAACCCAGUUGGCUACCAUUGUGUUCCUCUUCAUCAUGAUGAUUCCCAAUGUUGGUUCAAUGUGGCUCAAUUGGGCGCUGCUAGGAGCGGUGGCAUCAGGUACAGUGUUAAUACUGCUACUUAGAGAGCGACAUCAACGACUGGAUAUUGAUGUAGAACAAAGCCUUUCCAAUAAAAAGGAACACUGACGAACUUCAUCGUUCUGUUCUUGAAGAUUGACCAAUGGCGCGUCAAACGUUGUCAGACAUUGUCAUUUUAUUAAUACCAUACGUAGCUUGAAUAAAUAAUAGUAUACACAAAUAGAACAAACAAGAAAUGUUUUUUCGAUGGUGAUGUAUUUGAUACGGGUAUUACAGUUAUGUUUUUUUACCUUAAGUCAGGUUGUUAACGUGUCGAUAAAGUUUGUAAGGUGUUGGUCAAAUCAAAUUUUCAAGUGACUUUCUUUUUGCCCAGCAGUUUAUUUU